GACAGACAGACCGACAGACAGGUAGGCAGGCAGGCAGACAGGCAGACAGGCAGACAGGCAGACAGGCAGACAGGCAGACAGGCAGACAGGCAGACAGGCAGACAGGCAGACAGGCAGACAGGCAGACAGGCAGGCAGGCAGGCAGGCAGGCAGGCAGGCAGACAGGCAGACAGACAAACAGGCAGAGAGGCAGACAGGCAGACAGACAGAUAUACACGUAGAAAGGCAGACAGGCAGACAGAUAGACAGGCAAACAGGCAGAUAGAUAGACAAGGUAGGCCCAACCCCAGGAUUUUUUGAACGGUCUAAAAGACACGUAGGCAGGCAAGAAGAAGAUAGGCAAGCAGGGGGGCAGGCAGAUGAGCAGGCAGGCAGGCAGACAGGUAGACAAGCAGACAGGCAAGCAGAUGAGCAGGCAGGCAGGCAGGCAGACAGGUAGACAAGCAGACAGGCAAGCAGAUGAGCAGGCAGGCAGGCAGGCAGACAGGUAGACAAGCAGACAGGCAAGCAGGCAGGUAGAUAGAAAAACACACGGACAGAGAGGUAGACAGGCAGACAGAUAG